AGUGGAUAACAAAUACUCAUAUUCGUCACCAUUCAUAUUUCACUCAUUUUACAUAAGUUUAGGAUAAAUUAUAAUUUGCAUGCAUUCCAUUCCUCCUGCCAAACCUGACUGUUGCACAUUUAGCCAUUCUGUGACUAAUAAUUUUAUAUUUUUUUUGAAGAACUUUCAUACCCAGUUUUACCAUUAUUACAAUUUCUUAUGAACCUUUGAUUCACGACAGGCGUUAGACGACAGAUUUCGUAGUGAACUUUUGGUUAAAUUGACAACGACGAUGAGUGAGCUUAUAACGAACAAUUUGGAGAAUGCUGUCGUCGACACGGAAAUCUCUCAACAAAAUUGCACAAAUAAUAACGAAACUUACCUGGACAACACACCAGAUAACCAUGAAACCAUUCACGAAGCAGCAUCAUCAGUGCAAGCACAAAGUGUUGAAAACGAUAAAACUCUCGGUGAAAAACAAAGUUCGGAUUGCUUAUUCCGUGAGAACGAACCAAAACACGAAAUACUGAUGGAAAAAUUGUCAGGAUGUCAUGUUUUGGAGCACGUUAUAAAAGUUCGCCCUGACAUUGACACUGUCAUUUCAUGCGCAGAUGGGAAAGUUGGAGCUCAUCGAGUCGUUCUGGCAUCGGUUUCUCCAUUACUUAAGAUGCUCUUAAGUCGACGUAACGCUGGAGAAGUUGCAACUAUUGUACUUCCUGACGUUUCAGUGGAAACCAUACUAAGCAUUUUGCAACUUUGUUAUACGGGAACAAUGGCAAUAUUAUCAAACAAUGAGGGCAGCAAUGAAGUCAUAAGGUCAGCGAUGGAUGCACUAAGGAUUGGAUUUCCAGAUAAAAAUUUCAGUAUUUGUAAAAGUAUUCCGGAGACACCACCAACUCCAAUAGUGAAAGAAGGGCCAGAAUUGAAUGUACCUGGAGUAGACGCUGAGAAUCAUGAGGACCAGUUACAUGCACCUCUAUCCGUUCCGGAAAUUGCAGUGAAUGGAAAACAGGAGUUGAUUGAGAAAAAUUACCCUCAAACAUGCAUUAAAGAUGAUACAACUGCAUCCACAACGUUGCCAAGGCCUAAAUCGACAACGACUAACAGAGGACGACGAGGGAGACCACGAUGUACUGUGGCUAAACCUACUCCUUCCGUUGGUUCAAGUGGAUCAAAAAGAGGCCGUAAACCUAAUGUCGCCAGCAGGAGGAAUGUCAAGAAGGAGAAAAGUAAAGAUGUUUCUAAAGCGGACAAAGAUAUUAAGCACACCACCGUAGAAGGGAUUGAAUCGCCCCUUUAUGAAAAUGGACAAGACGAAGAAAUUAAAGCUUUCACAGGAAUUUUUUUGUCGAGUAUAAAGGAUGAUUAUGUGUGCUUAGAAUGUAAAGGAAUUAUCGAAACUCAGCGAGAAUUUAGGAAACAUUUGCAAAUAAUGCAUGCCUCAACUUUAAACUCUACUGAAGUAUCUAGCGAGGAAAUUAAGAAUUUAGUCAAAUGUGACAUAUGUAACCGGAAACGCUCUGGAGUACAAGGAGCCUCGGAAUGUUUGGAAGAACAUGGAUUUGUCAAGUGCUUCACAUGCUUUGGUGUAAUCCUAAAGGCCGAUUUGUACGAACAUUACACCACUGUCCAUGGUGUCUAUACCACUUUCGCUAGAGUAGCAAAUUGUCGAUGGUGUAAUUUAGCAAUAGCAAUAGGAGAUGAUGGUCAGCUUCCACAAGAUCAUGCAACUUCUGCCCACAUACAACCAUUUUUAAACUCCAACCCAGAAUAUUUGCAAGUUGGACAAAUUGAAGAAGAGUCAAAUUCUUCAAGCAGUUCUGAUGAUUCUGAUGAAGAAUCAAACUUAAAAGAAAAUUCGGAGAAAUCGUUAAGCACACCAUCGCAAGAUAUUAAAGGUCAUGAAACGAAUCCCAUCAUGAAGCGAAAUUAUGAUCAAGAAGAAACUCAUGAUGAAGCACCUUCUCCAAAAAAACGUAAACUUGACGACCAAGGAAAUCCACUUCAACUGAGCAAGAGAACUGGCGCCCCAUCAUGGAAGUCUUCCCAAAGAACAUUUUUAGAAAAAUCCACCAAUAUUACAACUCAACCUCCUGCCUUUACAACAGCUACCACCUCUGGGAAAAUUAUAGACCUUGACAUAUCUAAAUUAAAUGCCCCCAAGAUUUGUUUGGAUAUCAUGAAUGAGGGAAAAGUCAGAAAACUCUCAGAUUUGCAGGAAGACGAUUCUGACUCAACAUUGUCCGACACCGAUAAUAAUGCAAUUUGAUAUACAUUUACAUAUGUACAAAUAUGUAUGUACUAGGUGCGACACUUAUCACGUAGAACUUGGUAUGUUAAAAAAAUACUUAGCUGUUAUUUAUAUAGUUCGUACAGUGUUGCUCAAAAUCUCAGAAAAACUGCUUCAGUGUUAUUCAUUAAAUUCAUUUAUGGUUUACGUCUGCUGUAGUUAAAAACUAAUUCAUAUGUAUUCUUGAAGGUCGCUCAUGUUUUAAAAAUACAGAAGCACAAAAUACAAUAAGAUCUAAAAGCAUUAUUUAUUUAUUUUUGAGACAGUUUUUUAAUAAGGAAAGUGCUAAAGAUCUACAUAUAAAGGUCUCUUUAAGUUUAUUUUAAAAUAUUAAAUGUUCGUAUUUUUAAGAUAGUGAUUUUUACUAUACUAUAAAAUAAUCUAAAAUUAUGCCACAAUGUUUAUUAUAAAUUUUAAAAGUUUGAUUAUUCAAAUAUAUAUGAGAAAGGGAUACAGUUA